UAUAAAGGGGGGGCCAGACACUGCGCGCCCGAACAUCUCCUGAGUCAUCACACCAUCCAUUCCUCCCCUCCUCCAGCUCUCACUCCUUAUCCAAUUCUUUUUCCUAUACUCUUGUAAUAGUAUCCAUACCAAAACCCUCCUCUCCCGGAUGCUUCCACGGCAAACAGCGCAUACCCUAAUCUCCUGCCAGCUCCUCUCGCAGGUGCGGCGAUACGUAACGGUGCGGUCGGGCCGCAACCUGCAGCAAAAAUUCUACGAGAACCGGAUUCUGGACCGGUACACGGCGCAGGAGCCCAAGAAGGUGACGUUGCGGCAGCUGGUUCUGUUUGGGCGGCAGCUGACCGAAGACAAGCUGAUAGCCUCGGCCAACUACGUGCGCGGGGAGCUGCCAGUGCGCCUGGCGCACCGGAUCAGCGACUUCCAGUACCUUCCGUACAUAGCGGGCACAAAUCCGCACCUGAAGACCGUCUACGACCUGUACUGGCGGGCGUUCGAUGAGUUCCGGAAGCUGCCUGUGGUGAAGACGCUGCAGGAUAACCGGCGGUUCUGCGACGCGGUGCGGCGGAAUCUGCUGGAGCACUCGCAGGUGAUCCCGCAGCUGGGUAUGGGCGUGUCCGAGUGUGCCGGGCUGGUGGCGCCCGACGAGAUCGAUCGGUUCAUGUCGCAGAUGCUGGUGUCGCGGAUUUCGCGGCGCACCCUGGCCGAGCAGCAUAUUGCGCUGUCGCAGCAGUUCGACGAGGACCUGCGCAGCCACCUGGGGCUGAGCGUGGACGAGUCUUUUGACCAGCUGAACCAGGCGCCGGCGGGGUUCGCGACCCAGCGGAUCGGCAUUGUGCGCGCCGACUGCUCGGCCAUCCAGAUCAUCAACGACUCGGCAUUGCGCGUGGCGGAGUUGCUCGAGGAAGCGCACAAUCUGCCGCCGGGCGCUGCCCCACAGGUGCUUGUCGAGGGCCACACCGACGCCAUGUUCAUGUGCAUUCCGGAGCACUUCAGCUACAUCAUGCACGAGCUGCUGAAGAACUCGAUGGACCAUGUGAUCCGCCGGUUCUCGGAGCGUCUUGACGAAUCGGCGGUGGACGGAGCAGCCUCCGGCCCGCUGUUCCCGCCGAUCAGGGUCACCAUCUGCUCGAGCCACGCCGACAUCAUGAUCCGCGUGUCGGACCAGAGCGGCGGCAUCGACCCGGACGUAUUGCCGUAUAUCUGGUCGUUCACGCAGCCGGUGAAGGCAAAGCGCCUGCAUAACUUCCACGCAAUCCAGCGCAUGGAGGCCAAGCCCGCCGAGGCCAGCUCCUUGUCGCCGCUGGUGAGCUUUGGCUUUGGCCUGCCCAUGUCCCGCGUCUACGCCAAGUACUGGGGAGGCAAUGUCAAUGUGCAUUCGCUGCCCGGCUACGGCGUCGACGCUUACGUGCAGCUGCCGCGGCUCGGCAAUGUCGUCGAGAACAUUGGUGCGCGCCGCGCCCAGGCCCACGGCGACUAAGAAUGGCGUUUAUUUAAA